UCUCUCUCCUUUUUUUUCUAUUCCGUCUUUGCUCUACAACUGAGUCAUUCGCCUGCUCUUGGCUCUGGGGUAUAGAUGGGUUGUGCAGUGUGGCGGGCGGCGGCGGCACUCCUGAGUUAAGCGGCGGCGCAGCGUUGCUCUCUGCUGAUGCGGAUGUGAUUGUGUUUCGCAGCUCUACAGAAAAAAAAGAAAGAAGUAGUGGGGAUCGUCAGUGGGGAUCGUCAGUAGGGCUGGAGCGAUGCAUAAAUGUGCGGCGUGAAGCCUCUUCCCCUCAUUCAUAUGAGCCUCCUCUCUCGUUUCUUCUAGGCCUCCGUCACCGACAUGGAGAAAAUCAGGGUACGAAAUUCCUGGGUGCCCACCUGUCUGUGGCAACCUAAAAUUCUCCAAGACAGUCACGCCAAAUCUUCUCCUAGCUUCUGGGACAGCAGCUUGCAGGACCAGAAGGAGGAAGUGCAGAAACGUUUGUCCUACACCACGCAGAAGCUGGAGAUGCUGGAGAACGAGUUCGAUUCCACCCGCCAAUACCUGGAGACGGAGCUGAGGAGGGCGCAGGAGGAGCUGGAGAAAGUCACCGAGAAGCUGCGCAGAAUACAAACCAAUUACAUGUCCCUGCAGAGAAUAAAUCAGGAGCUGGAGGAGAAGCUGCACCGGAUGGGACAACAUUAUGAAGAGGAGAAGAGAGCUCUGGGUCACGAGGUGAUCGCCCUCAAUAAUCAUCUGCUGGAGGCCAAGGUGACCAUCGAGAAACUCUCCGAGGACAACGAGCUGUACCGGAAAGACUGCAACUUGGCCUCUCAGUUACUUCAGUGCAGCAAAGGCUUCUACAGAGCGCACAAGCUGUCUGAGCUGCCAGCCGACUUCCAGGAAAGAGUAAGUGAACACUUGGAAAAGCAUGGGUGUAAACUAAGUGUGCCCCUCUCUAACGCUUCAUAUGCUGACAGCGUUCCUACUUGUGUCAUUGCUAAGGUGCUGGAAAAGCCCGACCCCAGCAGCCUCUCUUCACAUCUAUCAACUUCUUCAAUGAGGGACCUCACUUACGAACAAGCAAGUCAAGAACCGGAGGAAAAGUUCCGCCAGAGGCAGCAGUUCAAGUCGGAGAUCUACUGUAGUGACACGGCCCUGUACUGCCCAGAAGAAAGGAGGAGAGACCGGAGGCAGAGUUUUGACGUACAGGUCAAAGGCGAGGUCUUCCUGAGAUCUCAGAACUCCACAGACAGCACGGUAGAAGACGGCUUCCACUCAAGUUUUUCACACGAAGCCUUCAAUGAAUAUGUAGCAUCUUUACCAACAUCGAGUUCCUACUCCAGCUUCAGCGCUACUUCCGAAGAGAAGGAAAACAACCAAGCCAAUACGUUGACCGCUUCCCAACAGGCCAUAUACAUGGGAAACCGAGAUGACCUCUUCGAAAGGAAGUCCACCACCGGUUACGAACACGCAGCCAGUCCUCGCUUUGUAAAGUCCAAGUCCGUCCAGCACAUGGAGCACAAUCCGGAAAACACAGUAUCUCCAAACUUCAUAAGGUCUUCUUCCUACGUAGAGGAACCAUUUCACUUCUCCAGAAUCCGUACUCAACAAGGAUCUCACAAGUCACACAGCGAGUGUAGAAGCUCAAACCUUUCCGAAGAAGACUUGCCGACAAGGUGGAGGCAGCUGAGCGUAGAAGAUAUCGGCGCCUACUCUUACAGCAACGACGGAAGAAUAUCGCAGUGUAGUUUUACAGAACAGUAUUUUGCACCAAGUCCAGUUAAGCAGCUGGAGAGCCCCAUAAGCCCGCUGUAUGCCAGUUACAAGCAGGACAGCUUUUCGGAAGGAGAAGAGGUCUGUCAAAGCAGAAUGGGAGACUCUUGUUUCCUAAGAACGGACUCUGGCUUAAAAAUCGACAUCAGCGCCAGCUGUAAACAAGAAAUGCUGUCUUCUUUUAAGGCAAAAGAAACAAGAGACCAAAAAAGUGAGCGGAUGUCGGUCCAGCUUGGGAGCAAAAGCUUGGAUUCCAACUCGUCGGUCAAGAGGGAAUACGUAGACGUCAGCCCAAACAGUUCGGCCGAAUCUCUGAAUCAAAGCCCCAUCGAGGCCUCAGACUUACACCAGUCUUCCAUUGACCAAGGACACGCCAGUUUCCACGGCAAGCCCCAGCCAUUCCAAAGAACUGGGAGCAUCGGCUUAACUAGGAAAGACAGUCUUACAAAAGCACAACUGUACGGCACCCUCCUAAAUUAAUGAUCUUCCAGAUUGCAAUAAGCAGCAUUGCAGAGUACGCCUUGACACAAAGGAUGAUGGGAACGCCGCGGGGUUCUGAUGAUGCUAGCGUGCCACUAUUACCAGUUGUUUUAUUCCGUGUUCGUGUAACUUGCACUUUUUUUGUGGAAAGCUUCCAGUUUAAGAAGAAAAAAGAAAAAAAGCGAAUUUGAAUGACCUUGUACAUAUAAAGAUUACCUCAUAUUAAAGUAGAACUCCACUUUUCUAAGAAA